AUGCUUAGGCUGGCGGAGCUUCUUUGUCUAGCCGGUUUACACAUCACUUUUGUUGUUUCCGAGUUUAGUCACGCUCGCCUCCUGAACAACUCCAAUGUAGUAUCCCGUUUCGCUGGCUAUCCCGGUUUCCGUUUCCAAACAAUUCCGGAUGGUCUUCCUGAUGAUCAUCCCAGAUCAGGUGAGGCAUUUGGAGAUGUCGUGCCAGCCAUAAAAAAUGUCGCUGCCCCAUUAUUCAAGAAAAUGAUGGCUGAGAAGGAUUUCUUUUCUUCUCCCACUCGGAGGCCUUGCAUCAUAGCUGACGGAGUUUGUAUGAGUUUUGCUAUUGAUUUUGCUGAAGAUAAUGGAAUAGACAUCAUUUUUUUCCCGACUGUUUCUGCGUGUUCAUUUUGGGCCACUUUUUGCAUUCCUGAACUCAUUGAAGCUAAAGCAGCUCCCCUUCAAAGAAUCGGAAGAGAGAAAAUUUAUGGAAUUUUGGACUGUCAACGUUAG